AUGACCGUGCUUGAUUCGGAUGCAACUACGUUGAUCUUCAAAACUUACAAGAAGAUGACCUACAAGGACGGCUCACCGGAACACCUGUCGGUUGCCCUGUCCGUAGAAGUUGUAUGUCCAGAAGCACCGGACAAGAUCACUCCCGUGGUAAUUCAUCAUCAGAUCUUUGUGGUGGAGGAGUUCUUGGUGGCAUUGAGCUAUCAUUGGCCUGCUGCUGUGCAGCUGGGAACUGUUAUCGACUUCGUACAUUUGCCCUGGAAGAAGCUGGCGGUCGUGAACUUCACGUCGCCCACGGCAUGCCAGAGUUGUUUUCAGACGCUGGCACAAGCAAAGGGGAAGUCGAACAUGAUGAUCUCGGACUUCAAGCAAGCAGAGCAUCAGGGCUUGUCGGAGAACUUGGCCCUCUUCCUCACCAAAGCCAUCACCUUGAACUCUUUUGACUCGCAGAGCAAGCCCCACGUGUUCUGGAGUGGAACGGAGAUACCCUUAUCCAUGGCCUGUGCCAAGUUCUUACCCCCGGAGAUGGUGCUGCCAGAGAUUGCAUCAGCGCAGGAGACAAAGCCGUGCGUCCCGGAGACUACGUCCUUUGAAUUCCCUCCAGGCCUCAAGCACAGCUCAGUGAAGCCGCAGUUCAGGGCAAAAGAGUCCGGAAUCUGCAUCGGUGAAGAUCUCCUCGACUGUGUGCACGUGGGAGAAGAAGGAAUGAUCGUGUUCCGGCUAUGA